GGAACUAUUGCUGGACGUGCGCAAACGCCUGCCUCACGUUCGCGUCGGUGCACAGUAACGCCACCAAAUGAACAUGCAAUAUGCACGCGGCAUUUCCACGGCUUUCCAUGUCAGGAAGCUUUGCAUACGUCCACGACACGAAUUGGUUCCUCAGCGAUGCGACUCACGUCGUUUACAAGCACGUGCGGCUCUUGCAGUCGGUCUUGAAGGCAUAGAUGCUUCCACUGCUUCGGAGGUGGUAAACGCGCUCAAGGCUGCCUCUUGGUGCAGGGCCCCACGCUGUCCGAGAUGCUGGGCUGCGCGCAGUCGGCGCUGCAGGUGCUGAGCGACGCCUGGGUGUCCGCCACCACCCCUCUGGCUGUGUUCGGCCCCGACCGCUGGGGCCUCAGCCUGCUGUUUUAUGUCGCGGUGGGGCUACUGGCCUACAACCUCAUCAUCGCGGCGCCCAAGCAGUAGCAGUAGCAGGAGCAGUGGCAAGGGGCAGUGGCAGUAGCAGUGGAAGUGGCAGCAGAAGCGGCUGUGGCAGCAGGAGCGGCAGAGGAGGCGGUUGGGGCACGGAGCGACCAUGGCUUGACAUUGGCGGCCGGGGCACCUGGGGCUUUCCUGACGACCGUGGAGAUGUCAGCGGGGGCUUAGGCACUGCUAGCAGGUGGCGCUGCGGCGCAGCACAUGGCGUGAAAGAAGUGAACCGCUUACGGAGAUUAGGGUACGGUUGCGGUGCGUGCUCCAUGGAAAUCCUUGCAAGCAGGGUCCCCUUGACACGAAAGGCGAGUAGUCAGCGUGAUGAGUUCCCUCCGCGGCUACUGUGCUUUGUGCUCAAGGAAUCUCGUCUUGUGGCGUAUGCUUGUAUACUUUCAAUGCGCUCAUACAUCCUGACCAUCGUGGGUGCACCCGUCCGUGUGCCACUCUGUGACACGACACGAAAGGCGAGUAGUCAGCGUGAUGAGUUCCCUCCGCGGCUACUGUGCUUUGUGCUCAAGGAAUCUCGUCUUGUGGCGUAUGCUUGUAUACUUUCAAUGCGCUCACACAUUCUGACCAUCGUGGGUGCACCCGUCCGUGUGCCACACUGUGACACCGGGUGCGCACAGUGAUAGCCGAGAAAGACAAUUUUGGGAGAAGCCCUGACGAGCGAGCGAGUAUGAAAUGGACUUAAGAUGGAGCGAAGACUAAUCCCACUGAUUCCACAUGUUGGCGGCAUGCCACGUGAGAGGCUGGUCGUUUGCAUACAUUACAGUGAACACGUUGCAGCUGCGGCACUCCACAGGGACAGAAAUCACGAGAGAUGGAGUAGUGCGAGUCUCGUAAUGAGACUUGGAUCACGCUAUUACAGAGUAUGCCGCGCCAGGCUGUCGGUCCUGGCUCGGGUUCACACUCCUCACAUUAUUGUAUCCUCAGAUUCUCUGCCCGUCAAGUCUGAUGAACUCAUCACCGCAGUAUGUCCAUACUGCACGUGCCUCGUGAUUUUCGCAACGUCGGUUAUGUAACACGCACCCGUACAUAAUCAGCUUCCAUGUCGGCCUUCGCAUCUGACUAGGCCUCCAUCCAUCCGCACAGAAUGCACCGCCUGCACCCACUGCCAACCAAAACCCGAGCCACCCCUCUUACAGG